CUUCUCAGAUGCCAGUAACUUAAUUCUCUUUGGCACUUACACUUUCUUUGAGAAUAAGAUGCUCUGACUGCAGUCCAGCUAUUGAUUAUAGAGAAUGUUCUGUACGAACUUCCUGAGAGCCGCCCUGCUCAGCUCAGAUUUAGGCAGGGACCAGUCCACUCGCCCAGGAUGCUUGCCAAAGAUCCUCUCCUGGGAGCACGGCCGUGCUCCAUGUGCUCCGUGUUCUCCUGCCUUGGCUUGAAGAGGUGCUCUGGAAGUCUGGAGGUCUGCUCUCCUUAAGUCCUGGCAGUUGAAAGCCCUCAAAGCCAGGACCUUGGAGAUUCUGUCCACUGCAUGUCACUGGCAGUGGUUUGUUUUGAGUCAUUCCCCCCAAAUCCACUGAAAUCAUUGUUUUCUUUGUCUUUUCAGGAGCAUCUAAAGGCCUUUGAUGAUGAAAUCAAUGCUUUUUUGGACAAUAUGUUUGGACCUCGGGAUGCUCGAGUCAGAGGCUGGUUCAUGUUGGACUCCUGCCUUCCUACCUUUCUCUUCACUGUCUUGUAUCUGCUUUCAAUAUGGCUGGGCAACAAAUACAUGAAGAACAGACCGGCCCUUCCCCUCAGGGGCGUCCUCACCUUGUACAACCUUGGAAUCACACUGCUCUCCGCGUACAUGCUGGUGGAGCUUAUCCUCUCCAGUUGGGAAGGAGGCUACAACUUGCAGUGUCAAGCUCUCACCAGCGCAGGGGAGGCCGAUAUCCGGGUAGCCAAGGUGCUGUGGUGGUACUACUUCUCCAAGUUAAUCGAGUUCCUGGACACGAUUUUCUUUGUGUUGCGGAAGAAAACCAGUCAGAUUACCUUUCUUCACGUCUACCAUCACGCCUCUAUGUUUAAUAUCUGGUGGUGUGUUCUGAACUGGAUACCUUGUGGGCAAAGUUUCUUUGGACCCACGCUGAACAGUUUCAUCCACAUUCUAAUGUACUCCUACUACGGCCUCUCUGUGUUUCCCUCCAUGCACAAGUACCUCUGGUGGAAGAAGUACCUCACGCAGGCCCAGCUGGUGCAGUUCGUGCUCACCAUCACGCACACCAUGAGCGCCGUCGUCAGACCCUGCGGCUUCCCCUUGGGCUGCCUCAUCUUCCAGUCCUCUUACAUGCUCACCCUGGUCAUCCUGUUCUUAAACUUCUACGUGCAGACAUACCGAAAAAAGCCAGCGAAGACAGACAUGGAGGAGCCACCUGCAGGGAAAGAAGUUAAGAAUGGUUUUUCCAAAGCCUACUUGACUGCGACAAACGGAGUAAUAAACAAGAAAGUACAAUAAACGUUGAGUAAGAAAGCA